CAAUACUGGAUUUCUACUCACAGCACUAAACACUUUGGUCACUUUGAUCAAAAGAAACGACAAUGACGAAGAGUAAUCUGGACUUGGUUGACGAGUGUGAUGUGUAAGUCAAUGGUCACCUUUCAUACCCUGGAGCAGAGAAAAUGGCGGGAUUCCCCUACCCGUCCAACCCAGAACAUACCAAGCUCCUCUCAACCCUCUAUACACUCAUCUCCCCCUCCGGUGUACCAAUAGGCUACCUUACCGAACCCGUCUUUAAUGCCCUCGCCAAAACCCCCAUAAAAAUCAAAGGCGAGCUCGAAGUCUCCCGUACACACCGCACCAUCCUCGCCUUCCAACACCCCACAGAAACAGAACGCAGCGCCGCCGUAGCAGCCACUGCCUCUCACUGGCGCAAUAACUCCACCUUCGACGUGCUAAUAGGGUGGAGAGACGAACUAUACCCUGUGUACGGACCCGCAAAUGAAUUGCUAUUCAGUGUCGAAAGGUCAGCGAGUUGUCUAUUCGGCGUAGUCACUUAUGGCGUGCAUUUGACGGCGUAUGUGCGUGUCCCAGAAGAGGAAGCCAGCUAUGGGAUCAAACUCUGGGUUCCUAGACGGUCGAAGACGAAACAGACGUACCCGAGCAUGUUAGAUAAUACUGUUGCGGGAGGGAUGGCUACCGGCGAAUCACCGCUGGAGUGUGUGAUUAGGGAAUGUGAUGAGGAAGCUUCCCUACCUGAGGAGAUCGUGAGAAAGAAUGUCAAGGAGCAUGGGACGGUCACGUAUUGCUACAUUCGGGAGGCUAGAGCGGGAGGGGAAACGGGACUGGUGCAGCCGGAAUGUCAGUAUAUAUAUGACUUGGACCUGCCGGCUGAUGUGGUUUGUAAACCGAAUGAUAGUGAAGUGGAAGAAUUCUAUUUGUGGACUGUGGAGGAAGUUCAGGCUGCGCUGGGGAGGGGAGAGUUUAAGCCGAAUUGUUCGUUGGUCAUGUUGGAUUUCUUUGUUAGGUGGGGGGUGUUGACGAAGGAGAAUGAAAAGGAUUAUGAGGAGAUUGUAAGGAGGCUGCACAGGGAGCUAGAAUUUCCAGGGCCACAUAGGAAGGACUGAGUUGAUUAUUGAGGGAGUGUAGAGUGGUCGACUCGCAGUUGUAUGCUGGUAUUAGGAACUCAUGAUGCACGGCGUUGGAUAGAGAGAU